GAGAAACACCCGGGUCGUCCCAUUGGACUGAAGAAGAAAGGACGGCAUUGAAAUUAGGGAGAGAGAGAGAUCUGCAAGGAAGCCGCUGUCUGUGGUAAUGGAAGGUGGGUCCCCAGACCAGGAAUCAGUUGGGUCUGGGACAAAAAGGUCAACUGUAUCGUCUGGAAGUAAAUCUCGCACUCGCAAGGAAGUUUUCUACAGAUUUAUCGACUGUGAAAUUUUUACUGAAAAUAUUGAAGACUGGUUUCAAUCAAUAUCUGAGAAGUCAGCACCAAAGAAGCCUGCCUUUGAUGUACCAUUUGAGUUGAUAGAGCUUCAAAAAUUUGACUAUGCUUUGGAAGGCGUUUCAUUCCAACAGCUUAUUCGGAUGCCAAAUGCCGUUUAUGCUUCAACAUCUGAUGCCGCUGAAGCAACUGCUUAUCUCGCCGUUGAUGAUUUUCUCCAUGCAACUGUGAAAGGCUUGUGGGAGGCAUUUUGGAGUCAGGAUGAACCCUUGCCUUUCUCUGUUGCCUGUCUUUACAAAGAAAAUCUAAAAUUUUACCAAGCUGAGAAGGCAAUAGCUAAUGGGAAGCUUGGAAGUUUAUGUGCUACAGGUGUAUUGCAUAAGAACCCAAGACAUCCUCAUGGAAAGUGGGAUGAUCUUCUUGAACUGGCUCUUUUGAGGCCUGAUAUCCGAAGCAUUGCUCUGGAAAGCGAGCAACAGCCUCCUCUGCGUGUUCUAGGGGAGGCUCUUUUCUAUGCUUUGCGCAUGCUUUUAUCAAGAAGCUUAAGCAGACAGAAGUUUCCCCAGGGUUCAAAUUCUGUCUUUGUUCUUCUUGUUGAUUCUCAAUAUGGUGGGGUUGUGAAAGUUGAAGGAGAUGUAAAUAAAAUGGAUUUUGAUGUGAAUAAUGUCUAUGAGUGUGCUGCUGAUUGGAUAAAAAGGCAUGCCAAAAUUGCAGUAUCUCCAGUUGAUAGGAUCUGGAACAAGCUUGGAAAUGCCAAUUGGGGAGAUAUUGGUGCUUUACAGGUAACUUUUGCAACUUUUCACUGCAUUAUGCAAUUUGCUGGCCCGCCUAAGCACUCCAUUGAAGAUUUAGCCGCUGACCAUGGUUCUCGCCUCCAAACAAGGAGAGUGGAGAGGCAAUUGGGGGAUACUAGAGUGAAUGGGGGUGGUCUAUUUAGGUUCCAGCAGCAUGAUGUUUCUCCUGAAAUUGUUGAAGUUCAGGAUGAAUCUGUCAAAAUCAAGUCUGAGGAGUUGCUAAAGCUGGAAGUAGGAUCUGUAUUGUGGUUGGAGGAUUCAAACUGGCAAAGAGGUUAUCAGAUUAACCAAGUCGAGAGUAAUGGUGAGCUUCCUUACUACAUUGCAUCACCAGUUGAAGAACCAGGAAAGUCCCUCUUUCUGUAUUUGGGAUCCCAUCCUUCUCAGCUGGAACCGGCAUGGGAAGAUAUGAAUAUGUGGUAUCAAGUUCAGAGACAAACCAAAGUGUUGACUAUUAUGAAACAGAAAGGCCUAUCUAGCAAGUAUCUGCCUCAGUUGAGUGCAUCUGGAAGGAUUAUUCAUCCUGGUCAGUGUCAGAGACCCAGUUCAGGUGGAAACUGUGAUCACCCUUGGUGUGGCACCCCAAUUCUUGUGACCAGCCCGGUUGGUGAAACAGUUGCUGAUAUGGUCAGUGAAGGUCAAUUUGGUGUGGAUGAGGCUAUAAGGUGUUGUCAUGACUGUUUAUCUGCACUUUCUACCGCCUCUUCAGAUGGCAUUAGGCAUGGAGACAUUCGGCCUGAGAAUGUGAUUUGUGUAAGGUCUGCUGAAAGGCAUCCUUAUUUUGUCCUAAUUGGUUGGGGACAUGCUAUUUUGGAAGAUAGGGACCGCCCUGCAAUGAACCUUCAUUUUUCAUCUACUUAUGCUCUACAGGAGGGAAAGUUGUGCUCAGCAUCAGAUGCAGAGAGCCUGGUUUACAUGCUUUACUUUGCAUGUGGAGGUGCUUUGCCCGAUCUUGAUUCCGUUGAAGGGGCAUUGCAGUGGAGAGAGACCUCUUGGUCGAGGAGAUUGAUUCAGCAGAAACUGGGUGAUGUCUCAACAGUAUUGAAGGCAUUUGCUGAUUAUGUUGACAGUUUGUGUGGAACGCCCUAUCCUAUGGAUUAUGACAUAUGGUUAAGAAGGUUGAAGAGAAGUAUUCGUGAGGAUGAUCACGGGAAGGAAAUUGACACAUCUACCUAGAACUAUGUUGUAAAAGCCAAUCUGGUUUGUAUUAACCAUCUUGAUCAUCUUGAUGAUUAUUGCUUGCUAACUGCCAAAGUGUUUUGCUGGAAAUCUCUGAUCCUUGAAGGCCAUUGUUGAACUCAUGUGAUGCUUUGAGUGUCAUCUCCUGGAACAGGACUAUUCAAAAUUUUGGCAAUGGUUGCAAUUGUCGCCUAUGGAGCAGCUCAAUACUCUUCAGUUGUCUCCGAAGCUUCUAGGUUUCUGGAAAAAAGAGGCACGCUGAUGAGCAUUAGCUAGAAUGUAUCGUGCUUAUGGACUGGGUUUGGAGGAAUUAUCUGGAUUUGUUUGGACGGGCUUUCCACAUUGUGUCGAGGAUAUGAAGGGUCAUUUCUUGGUUUCUUUUUUUUUUUUUUUGGUUUUACUGUUGUCAUUCCCUUGUAAAGAUACAAGCAAUCUGGAGAUAUUUAUAUUGUCCUUGUAACAGGUCUGAUGUUGGACAUGAUGAUCGAGAAGUAGUCAGGGCAUCAUCCUUUCCUGUAAAUGAAUCGUGAGGUAGUGCUAUGGGGUUUCUGAUUUUGAUUGUCCAA